AUAGGGUUUAUGCAUCCCGGAUAAGACCUUCCAAUCCAAGGAACCCUCGGCUAUGGCGGAUUCCAAAGCAAAUGCAAAGACGCAAAAUCGUAAGCGUAAGCAUGAAAUCGACGCCCGACCUCAAAAUCCUUCCAAACUGCACCGUUUGGAUUCUGUUCUCAAACCUCAACGCCUUUCCCCUUCCUCUUGCUGGAACAACCUUCAACUCAUACUCUGCAUCCAAGACAAACACCAUGAUAUUCCCAGUAAGGUCAAUCAAGCAUUCGAUUUUGUGCAGUCAAGGAUGGAUGAUGGUGUUGGCUCUGAUCAGGACCGUGAAGCUGUUAAACUGGCAAGACUGUUAUGUUACCUUAAUGAUUGGAUUUUGACAUUGCUGUUCCCUCCAAAUGGGAAGGAAAACUGGGGCAAUGCGAAGACACCUCAACUCGAGGGAGUUGAGGCAUAUAUGGAUGUUCGUUGUUGGGAGAUAUUCAAGUUCUGCUUGGAGAAGUCUUUGAAGUUUCGCGUCUCUAUGAAUAUGUCGCGGAACCUCCUACAAACUAUCCAGUUUAUUGCCAGGGAUGCUCUGUCACUGCUGGAGGAAUCCUCUGUAAGUUCGGGAGAACUUUAUAUAUCUGAUGAAAGGUAUAAACUUUAUGAUACUGCUCUUGAUUGUGUCUCGUUGGUAUUCUCGUCUCAUGGUGGGUUGUCAAGUGAAAACUUGGACUUGUGGGUUGAAACAACCAAGGUGGUGCUUGAACUUGUGCUGAACAUGUAUAGCAGUGACCUUGACGGCAGCAAGGUGGGCGCUUUUGCACUACGCUUUUUGUGUUUGGUGCUUCAGCCAUUCUCUAAGUUUUUGAUGGUCCAUUCAGCUAGGAAAGGAUUUCAAAAUUUUGUGGAUAAACUUCUUGAGCCGCUGUUGCAAUUGUCAGGUGAGUUGCAUCUUCGGGUUAGUGGAAGCAACCCCAUUUGGACGCAGAGAUUAAUAAAGGAAGUGGAAGCAGUUCUUUCUCAUGGGCUUUUUCAAUUAGGCCAUAUUGAUGUGUUUUUGAGCUUACAUGGUUCAGAAACUAUUAAGAGUUAUCCUAGACAUUUAUUUGAUGCACUGAACAAAAUUAUAGUUAGAAAGAAUGCUAUGGCAAUGGGUAGCUUAGGUUUGUUAUUUCAUUUGUAUGUUAAUUCAGCAAGAAAAUUUAAGGAAGCUCCAGUGCUUGAAGGGAGCAAGACAAUGGAGAAAAUGGUUGUUUCAAGGCAACCAGCGCCAGAAGAACAACGUAGCUCAAAUAACACUUCUGCUGACAUUCAAAAUUCACUUUUUAAUUUUUUUGUACUGAUUAUGGAACCCCUUUUGCUGAAGAUUAAUGCCUAUAUUCAAGUUGAAGUAGAUGCCAAAUCCCUGUUGUUGGAUCUUCGUGGUUUACUCAAGUCUAUUGGUAAUUUGCUUGCCAGUUUUAUGCAAGAUAAAGUUUAUGUGAGAACAGAGGACACGUCUGGAGGAGCUUGUCUAAAUUUCCUGAAGAAAAUAUUUAAUACACUGAUAACUGGUUCCACUAGUGUAUUCUACUUGUCCAACUAUGAUACAACCAACAAGAUGGAGAUAUUGAGUUUGUCUGCUAAUGAGAUUCUAGUUGCUAUGGGAUAUCUUUUGGAAAUUGAAUACGAGGUUAUUGGAGAAGAUUUGGUAAAUUUAUGGCUUCUUAUAUUGGCAUGCUCUACCAUCAAUUGCAAUUUUGAUCGAUGCUCAUUAUCUUCCACUAUACAUGCCCUGGGGUGCCAAAUAAUCAAUCUCUACUGUCAACUUCGCCAGGUGGAAAUUGCUAUUUUAGCACUGUGCAAAGCAAUAAGGCUUACUAUUUCUCACGAGCGUGAUACUGAAGAUAGUUCUUCUAGGUUCUUGACAUUUCUGUCGAAUGAACUUUAUACUGAAGCAGUUGAAAGACUGUUAUCUUCAAAAAAGUUCAUCCAUGCCAUUUAUAAAGGUGUUGGAUCUAUUCCAGAAGGGCAAGUGCGUGGGUGUGUUAGACAGAUAACAGAUGAUAUUUCAGAAUCUCUCAGGUGGAUGAAAGAUUUCUGUCUGUUGGUUGAUGGCAAUAAAUUGCAAAUUUUUAAUCUGCAAGUGGAACUCUUGGGUAGAGGGUUGUCUAGACUGUAUUGUUUAGUUCUUGAUUCAGUCACUAUCACUGGCGGCAACAGCAGUCUUCUUGGAAUUGCUGUAAAAGAACUUAUGGCACUAAUGCGUCCCUACUUGAGUAUUCUAGUUGGACAACAGUCAGAUACAAUAUGCAAGUUCUUUUCUUCUGUCAUAGGAGAAUCUGUUGAUCAGGUGGUUAGAAAGCGAAAAGUUUUAAAGAAAUUUGGUAGGUCCAGCCAAUGGGUCCUUGUGUUCUUUUUUCAGUUGUUUGUGUCCUGCCGAAGCUUUUAUAGGAAAGCAAUCAGCCUUAUGCCACCUGGUUUGUCAAAGAAGAUGUCUGUGGAGGUGGAGGAUUACACAACGUAUUCUGCCUUUAAGUUAAUGGAGAGGAUCGAUGAGAUGGACAUUGGUUAUUUUUCUUGGAUUGUUCAACCUUCUGCUUCCCUCCUUGUUGUUAUGCAACUUAUUUCUGACAUAUAUCUUAAACAUGGCUCAGAUGAUUCUUCCCCUUUGAUCUAUAUAUUUCAAUCUAUGGCUAUUCAAAGGCUCAUUGACUUGAAUAAACAGGUUAUACUGUUCAAGUAUUUGCAAAAGAAGCGUUAUAGAUCAAAAAUCGAUGCACUUGAGGAAGAGGCAGCUGGACUUACUAAUUUUAUGAUGGAAAAUUUAUCAUGUGUGUAUCAAUCCCCAAUCUUUGUUUCUGGUUACGUAACAUGUGAAGAUGUAGCUUCUGUGGCUUCUCAAAGCGACCAACGGGAUCUAGGAGUUUAUAUUGCUAACAAAAAAUCAUUGCCAACAGUCAUUUGGUCCAAUCUUUGCAAAAAUGUUGAUAUUUGGGGACACCAUGCUUCAAAGAAGCAAUUGAAAAAGUUCUUCUCACAGUUACUCCAUACUUCCCUUCACUCUGUAACAAGUAGUUUUCAAGAGCCAGGUGUGCUAGAAAUUGACGACUGUAAGCUGCUCAAGAGGGUCACUUUGUCACAAAUAUCAUCAGAACUUCUACAUGAUUCACUUUUGUAUGAACAAGAAUUUGCCCGCAGGAAUUUGGCCUCAAUGUUUUGCCAUGCUUUAGAGAAAUCUGUGCUGCCGUUAUUUAGUAAUAUUCCGUGUACUGACGUCAAUCUUAAGUCAUCGCCUAAUUGGCUCGAGUUUUUAAGUGUUCUUGACAAGUCAGCAGUGCUUGUUGAUGAAAAUAAAGAGAUUCUGGUUGAUUGUUCUACAGUGGAAAGUUCAACCACUCAUUCGUGUGACAAACUUCCUGUGGAUAUUGACAGAAAAGAAAAGACUUUCCCUCUCACCAACCAAAGUUUUAGGGAUUGCCACCAUUUGCUUGAUCACUUAUGUUGGAUGCCAGAUAUAAAUGCAAGAUCAUUUUCGCAUCUUGUAACUUGUAUUUUCAACCUUGAACGGCUUCUUGUCAGUGCCCUGCUAUAUUUUCAGAGUUCAGUGUACCAGGAUUAUUAUUGUGAGUAUUUAAGAUUGUUUGUAUCUUGCCGGAAGGCAUUAAGGUUUAUAGUAAAGGGAUUUUGUGAGAAGGCUGACACUACCCAAUCCUCACCAAACUCAAUUAUUUCUGGAAAUUCAUUCCCUGUUUUGUGGAUUUCAAAGUCAUUAUCUGUGGUGGUUGGUAUUAAAGAGGCAUUCUCAGCAAAAAGUAUUAUUCUAUGUAAAUCUCUGAUGUUAUCCUUAAUGGAUCACACAUCAUAUGUCUUGUUUGACAUAGGAAAAUAUCAUAUUGUUCAUGUUUUUUACAUUGGUCAAGAAGCUGAGAUGCCUCACGAAGAGAUCUCUAAUCAUGAGACUAGCCAUAAAGAGAAUCAUUUGCUUCCAUCUUCUGAGGACUCCCCCAAGCUUGAGGCAUUGAAAUGUUUAACCUUUAUUUCUGAGAAUUUGAAAGAGCAGGUACAAAGCUUGCUUGUUUCUGUUCACAAUACCCCUCGUGAUGUCAGUGUGGGAUUUGGUCUGUCUUAUGAAAACAUUGACAGAUUGUCCUCUUCCGUUUCUUGCUUUGGUGGAGUUUUGUGGGGUCUCACAUCUUACAUGGGCCAAAUAGAUUCAAAAGAAUGUGAUAAGAAAGAAAAAGUGUUGAUGUGGAAAAGUGAACAUGCCUUUGAACUAGAUAGUUGUAUUUCUUCUCUUGUGGAACUUACUGAUUUGUUGGUAAACAAAUUGCUUUUUGAGAGUAAUCAACUCUCCAAAAGUUCACACAAUAAAUGCUUUGUUUCUCAGGCUAAUGCAUCAGCUGUCACACAACAAGAAUCUAAAGCUGCAGCUACUUGCUUCACUUCAUCAGCAAUUGAUAAUGUCUCCAAAAGUGCCAGUGAUCUCGAAAGAAUGUUAAAUCCAGAAAGUGAAACUUCUGUUGCCAGGGUUUUGGCUAGCUUGGAUUCCACUGAGCCACAGGGUCUUAAUAAACCGUUGUUGCAAAGCUUGGUAAAAGGUGAUCAUCCUGAAAUAGCUUUUUCACUAAGACAACUGUUAAUUGCUUCCUCAUCUCUUUUGAGGCUAAAUUUGAAGAAGGGUGAUUGUUUCUAUCCUUCAAGUUCUGUACCUACUCUAAUUGAAGUUUCACAAGUCCUGUUAUUAGAAUAUAUAGAGAUGGUUGUGGUCCCACAACAGUCUGCUUUUCUUUUGUUAAAUGGUGCUCUCAGCUAUCUAAGAGAAUUGGCAGGUUAUUUUCCUUUCACUGAUCCUUCCUCCUCUAUAAAAAUUUACACAAAAUUGAUACAGAUUCAGAUGAGGGCUAUAGGCAAGACCAUUUUGUUGCAAGGAAAAAGGGCAACACUAACCUAUCAUGAAAGACAGUCAACUACCGAAUCACUUCAUUAUAAAGGAUCAGUUGAAGCUUAUUCUCCUUCUGAAUUGCACUGCUUUUCCUUGGAUGUAUUUAAAACUAGACUGCAGAUGUUGUUCAAGGCAUAUAUAGAGGGGCAAUCAGAGCUGCAUCUUUUGUCAAUUAUACAGGCCAUUGAAAGAUCUCUUGUUGGUGUUCAAGAAGGAUGUACUAUGAUCUAUAAUGUAAAAACAAGUAAAGAUGGGGGGGAUAUAUCAUCACUUGUAGCAGCUGGCAUUGAUUGCUUCGACAUGAUUCUUGAUUUUGUUUCAGGUCGGAAAGGCUUGAAGAUGAUUAAAAGACACUGUCAGAGUUUAGUAGCUGCAGUUUUCAACAUUAUAUUACAUUUACAAAGCCCGCUUAUUUUUUAUGAUAACUUGGCAUCUGGAACAGUUGCCAGUACACCUGAUCCUGGGGCAGCCAUUCUCAUGUGUGUUAAAGUACUGGUGACAGUUUCAAGAAAACAGGCUAUAUUCCAAACGGAUGUUUGGCAUGUGGGUCACUUGUUACAUAUCCCUGCAUCACUCUUUCAGAAUUUCCAUCAGCUUAGAGUUACUAAAGCCUCUGGUCCAUCAGAAGCAUUGGAGAUUUCAAAAGAGUGUAUUUGUGAUCCAGUAGAGAGAGUGAAUUUCUGUCAUCUAGAUCAUCAUUACUCAGUUAACCUAUUUGUUGUGUGUUGUCAACUAUUGUGUACCAUUAUUAGGAAUCGUCCAAGUGAGUGCAAACAGUGUGUUGCCCAUCUUGGAGCUUCUGUUGCCGUUCUUCUUAAUUGCUUGGAGACAGUUUUAGACAAUGAAUCAUUAAUGAAUAAAGGUUGCUUUUCUUCCGAAGAAGGGGUGAAAUGUGCUUGUUUUCUUCGAAGGAUUUAUGAAGAGAUAAAAGAGAAAAAAGAUAUCUUUGGUCGACAGUGUUCUCUGUUUUUAUCCGAUUACAUAUGGGUUUAUUCAGGAUAUGGUCCCAAGAAAAGUGGCAUCAGAAGAGAAGUAGAUGAAGCUCUAAGACCAGGUGUCUAUGCUUUAAUAGAUGCUUGCACAGUUGAUGAUCUUCAAUAUCUUCAUACUGUUUUUGGAGAGGGACCUUGCAGAAGUACCCUGGCAAGUCUUCAGCAUGAUUACAAACUCAAUUUCAAAUAUGAAGGAAAAGUUUGAUCCUGAAAUUCUGUUUGUGGCCUUCAAUGGGUUAUUAUUAUUGUAAACCUAGGCCUUAUGACGCUCGAACUCCCAAUGUUGUUCUGAUCUUGGCCGUGGCCCUGAUUCUUCUGUGUGUACCAAAGCUCUUCUCACGUGAACCAGAAGAAGAAUUAGAAGAAACGACUAACUUCUCACCUUUUGUGGCACCAAUACUCGUAGUGCUCAUCCUGCUUUUGUUGUUCUUCCUGGGAAGUUCAAGGAAAAGGGUUUGUGUCAAACCACCUUAUUGUCGCUGUAACUAUGCCUGCUACUGUUACUGAUGUGUAUGAAUAAUGGUAUUCUGUUCUGUGUUUAUAUUUACAGUUGUCCUUAUAAUAUAAUGAUGACCAUGCAAUUUAUUCUUUAUGUCGGUGCACCACAAUUUUAUGUUACUAAUGUAUUAUCACAAUAAUUAUAAUGUCCUAUUUCUUAUAUCCUUAUUUCUUA